UGAUUUUUGACCUUCAGCGUUUUUGACUGGCCGAUUUGACAGCCAGCAAAAAUCCAGGCAAAACAAACCCGUCCUGAAAAAUUCGAUUUUCCCCAAAAAAUGGAUCGUAUAGACUUCACGUCCUCCGAUGAUCGCCGACUCUGGUUGGGUAAUCUGGAUAGUCGCAUAACCGAGUAUCAACUACUGAAAAUCGUGCAAAAAUACGGGAAAAUUGAAAAGUUCGACAUGCUGUUUCACCGAUCCGGACCGCUAGCGGGCUACCCGCGGGGCUAUGCCUUCGUGACCUACGAAAACCACCAAGAUUCACAGUCCGCCUUGAAGAGGCUCGAUGGGAAAGUGGUGGGUGAGAAGACGAUUGUCGUGCGAUGGGCCAAGCACGUGAAUCGGGACGAUGCGGAUCGCAACAAACCAAAGAUAGAGAUACCCUGCUUGGCAGGUGGCUCAAAAGGGGGCCCUAAUGGUCCGGUCAGCCAGCAGACGAAGAUACAGGCGCUCGAGGCGAGACUCAAGAUGCUGGAAAGCAGAUCGGACGAUCUGAUCAUUAACCGUACAGCUACCUCCGAGCGUCCGAUUAUCGAACGAUACCAGUACAACAUUCAUCAACCUCAGCGAACCGAUCCAAAGAUGAAGCGGUCGCACCAUGCCCCGGGCAGUGGUGGACGUGGCGGUGGCCACCGAAGUGCUCCCUACCGGAGUACAAAUAGACACUAGUAUUAGAGGACAGGCCAUGAUUACAUUUUAACGAAUCGCACUCAUACUUUAAUUAUAUUUUCUAAGUUUCAUCCUUUGAGUGACAAGAGUUAGUACUUUUCAUUUUUUUCGAAUAAAACACUCGCAGAAGAAGCGAUGUAAGCUAAC